CCGGGCCCCGAACCUGUGCCCGAAGCGGGGGAAGUUGCACCGGCCGGCAAAAAGAGCAAGAAGAACAAGAAGAAAAAGCAGAGCCUGUCUCUUGCACCAAAUGAAACGCCUGCUUCCGAGUCGUCAGCUCCCGCAGACGCUGCAGAUGGGAAUGCCAAUUUGCCUGCCGCACCCGAAGAUUCCUCCUUGAAAACGGAUCAAGAGCCAAUGCGAGAGGAGCCAACUGGAAGCCAGCCGACCGUCGACUCAGUUGCUGAAACACCAGAUCUAAGCAUGGCGGAGGAAGCUGUCCCUAUGACCGCCGCGCAGAAGAAGAAGGCAAAGAAAGAAAAGAAGAAAAAACGCCAGUCUGCUUUCCUGGAUGAAACACCCGCAUCUGAGUCAAUUGAAGAAGCAGAUGCCAAGGAUGUUACUUCUGAAGGUGCUCAGAUGCCCCCGGAAGUGCCGUCUGAACCGCAAUCAUCCGAGCCUACUUUGGAUGCCAUUGAGCAUGCGGAAGCGACAGCUGAGCACUCGCAAGAACAACCCAAGGAAGAUGUGUCUUUGCACGCGGAUCGCAGCCCCGACUCUGAUGGAGAGUUCGUGCUGGUACCAGAACACGUGUCCCACGGAUCCAAUGAUGAAAAUACACCCCAAGCUGCUUCCACGGAGUUCGAUGUCACACAAGUGAAAAGUGAAUUGGAAAAACAGCCAUCGACCCAGGAAGGCGUGUUGGAUGCAAACGAGGCCGCUCCCGCUGAAACACCAUGUGCUGCUGACCAACCUGUCCAAGAAGAAUCCAGCCCUACGCCAGCGAUGGAGGGCGGUGCUGCCGUCGAAGAAGCAGAGGCUGCAGAAAAGGAUAUACCUGAAGAUUCUCCAGACAAGACAAUUGAACACAAUGAUACUCCAGACGAUACCUUGGCGGCAGAGGAAGCUCAAACCGAAGUAUUCAGCACAGAGGCUACUCAAGAGACUGACCAAGGUGGUGCAGCUCCAGACGUCGAAGCUAGCUCUGAAGGCUUGAUUCAGGAUGACCAGCCUUCCGCUUCCUCCAAAAAAAAGGACAAAAAGAAGAAGAAGAAGCGCCAGUCGCUUGCUCUAGACGAUGAGCAGACUCACUUUACCAAGGAAGAACUAACUGCUGAGCCUUCCUCCGACCCUGCUCCAGAGCCCUCAGGCGUUGAUGAAUCGGCACCUGUUCCUUCUACCCCUGAAGAGCAGCAGAAGUCUGAGAUCGACGCCUCUGAAACCGUUGCAGGGACAGCUGCCGAGCCAGCACCACCUCUCACUUCAGAAGAACCAGAGAACAUUGCGGAAGCUCCAUCCACUGAAGCUACACAAGAGCCCGCUGCAGAUGAAACGCAGACUGCGGAGUCCACAGAGGAAGCUCAAACAGCAAAGUCCAGGAAGAAGGCAAAGAAAGACAAAAAGAAACGAAAGUCUGUCUCCUUCGAGAUUGAAGAGCCGUCGACUCAGCAGAGUGAGCCUGACCACCCUACUGCGACUUCUGGCGAAACUGUGACCCCACAUGAGGAUCCAAAGCCUGAGGACGAACCUACCUCUCAGAAAGAUCGUUCUGAGGGGUUCCAGCCUGGAGAAGCAGUCCCUGAGAGCCUGACUCAAGAUGGCGCAGAUAUUGUUACUCAAACUGACAAACCUGAGCCAACCGCCGAGGCUACAGAAGUUACAGAGCAACACAACCAGGCGACGGAGCCUUUCCCAGGUCCGAUCACAGAGGAAGAGGCUGCUGUGGAAGAAACUGCAGCUGCGCCAUUGGUUGAUGAGGCGCCCCAAUUACAAGAACAGAAAGCCUCGUCGGAAGCCCUCCGGUCUGAAACUCAGGAGGACGGUGUCAAGAGGGUCCAGGACACUGAAUCGUUAGACGAGAAGAAAGAGGAGCCUGCUGUCUCGCCUUCGCUAGAAGACAACGAGAGUACCAAGCCAGAGGCCUUGGCGGAACAAGCAGAGUCCGAGCCGCAAACGCCCAUUGACGAUGGUGAGAAAGGGGUCGGCCCCUCUAAGUCAAAGAAAAACAAGAAAAAGAAGAAGAAGAACACCAUUGAGUCAACCGAAGACGUGCCAGUGACACCGCCUGAGCCUUCAAACGUUGAGCCUCUCGAAUCGACACCGGUCCUUGAAACGGGAAGGGCCCACGACAUUGCCGAGGCUGACACCACUGUGUCUGAAAUUUUGCACGAAGAGGAGAAACCGGAAGACGAGCCCAGCGGGUUUAUGUCAGCAAAAGCAAAGAAAAAGGCGAAGAAAGACAAGAAGCGCCAGUCCAAGAUUCUUGAUAGCGCAAACGACGCCGCCAGCACCGCCGAAACCGCCGCAGAUAUCUCCGAACAGGCGCCCUUGGACACGCCAAGUGGCGAACCGGAUGGCCCAGAUGCGAAGCUCUCACAAGAACCGAGUGAAGCCGUCUCUACCGAAGCGAAGUCCUCGGAGCCAUCGCCUGAGACGGCACUCGCGCCUGCUGAAGAUGACGGUAAAGAAAAUCAGUCCCACGACACCGAACCACACGGCGGCAACGAUAAAGAUCUGACUUGGACUGAUCACAUGGUAUCUUCGCAGGUAGAGCAACAGCAAGCAACGUCUUCCGAUCGUCCGUCCCAACCCGCGCUUGAAACCGAACCAACGUCCAUCGGCGAAGCAGCAACACCUAUUGAGGUGGAACAACGUGAAAAUAAUGCAGACUAUGCUUCGCCGGCUGUUGGUGAUGGGGUAGAGGGACCUGGUGAAAAAGGUACGAGAGUCAAGAACGAGAUUGCGGCCGAGAGUCCCGAGAGACGGCGCGAGGGCCUACUUGAGAUACUACAAGAAGAGAAGGGAGAGAUAUCGAGCCAAGGAGAAGACGCCAUUCCGGUUAAAAGCGACUCACAAGUGGAGGAGUCGGUGAAAGCACCAGUUGAAGGAACACCUAAAGAUACCAUGAGCCAGGAACACGCUCCAGAAUCCGUGCUGGAUGGCGGAGAUGCCGCGACUAAGCAUCAGUCUACCGAUAUUGAGGUAAACGAGCCUUCAAAGUCAGAGGACAUCUUCGAGCCGGAGAACGAAGAGUUGCCAUUACCAAUCUCAGGAAAGAAAAAGAAGAAAGACAAGAAGAAAAAGAAGGCGCAACAGGAGACAAAGAUUGAUGAGACGUUGCAGGAUGAUUUGGUAGAUGCCGUGCAAGAAGAAUCACCAACAAGCCGUGAGAUGACCGAUACCGCUUUACCUGUUGCCGAGUCUCAGGCCGAUCCAGUUGCUGAGCCCUCGCACGAGCUUCCCGAACCACAGAAAGCAGUUGAGACCGCAGUUGAGGACAAAAACAUGGAGGAGACCCUAGAGGCGAAACAAGACGUUACGCCUGCGGAGGACGGUUUUCAGGAAGCACCGGCCCUUUCCCGGAAGAAGAGUAAGAAGGACAAGAAGAGGGAGCGCGUUGCUCGAAAGGCUGCUGUUGAGUCACGCGAGAAUGAAUUCAGGGAGGAACAGCUUGCGACUGAAGAGCACCUCAUUCCACCUUCGGAUGCUCAACUAACCGAGCUCGCGACUCCUGUGUCCACCCAAGCACUAGAGACACCUACCGAGACCACGGUAGACGCUAGCGAAGGGGAACUGCAUUCGAGCGCCGUUCAAUCCACUGUUCCUGUGGAAGACAAUAUAGAGGCCAUAGAAACCUCUGAAGCUCAGACAGUUGAAAGCUUCCGAACACUAGAGGCUCCCGAACAGCCAUUGGAGCGGAACAUUUUGCUGAAUGAUGAUGCAGCAACGGCUCCAGAGGAACUACCUGCUGUGGAGAAGUCAGCCGCUGAUGAGACAGCUACGGAACCAGUAAUCGAAGAAGCAGCCCUGAGUCGUAAAAACUCUAAGAAGAAGGCGAAGAAGGCAAAGAAGCAAGCUCAAGAACAGCAAGAAAAGAACACAGCUCCCGCCCCUGCUGAGCUUGGAGAAGACAGCUUUGUGGAGACUACGCCCGCCAUACCAAGCAAGCCUGGCCCGGUGGACAGUUCUGGUGAUGUUCCUGAGGCGAACAUUUUGGAAGAGCAAGGGACGCAACUUGAAAAUUCUGCGCAGUUGGUCCCAUCGGACGCCGCUCGACCUCAAGAGACUCUUGAGCAGACUCCGAAUAUGAUCGACCAAACCGAUGAUGUGCUAUCGAUGGGGCAGGAAAAAGAGGACAAUUUCCAGGCUGAACCAAGCCAAGGCCUUGAGAAUAGAAACGACCAAGUUGCCGAGGAUGCCGUCGAGAGUCAGCCUGAACCCACAGCAGCUGUUGCGAGAAAAUUGUCCAAGAAAGAAAAAAGAAAAGCCAAGAAGAAAUCUGCCAAGGAUGCCAUUGAGCCUUCAGACGAGCCGGAGCUGCGAAACCCAACGGAUUCUAUCGGAGCAUCUGUUUCUACGACGGAACAAGUCAAGACUGACGAAGAUCCAUUUCUGACUGUUGUCUCAGACAAGCAAAUGGUCGAGGAGGUUCCACGGCCACUUGAGGUCGAGCCUAGAGCUCUGGAGGUGCACCAAGGUGCCGCUGACGAGGAUAACUGGCCUGCAAUAGACUGGGAGAAAGGUAAAGUCGAAAUCAAAGAACAGACGCCACUGGCAUCACCUGAGGCUCAUGCAGUUCCUUUUGAGCCAGCCAUUUCAGAAUUCGACGAGACUGCCAUCCCAGAGGGAUUGCUUAGACUACAAAGUCUAUCACGUGAAGAGCAACUACUGGGAGGCAACGACGGAAGUUCACAGCAUACAGGAGCCGAUGAAACAAAAGCUGUUCCGCAAGAAGGUGGGAUGAUGAUAGAGCCUUCUGCUGUGGCCGAGACGGAGCAGUCUGCCGGACUGAAAGCAGAAUCUGCGAGUUCGCAAGUGGCUCCUAAGGCAAUUCAGGAAGAAACUGUGCAGCAUCCUGAGAACGAAUUGGCACGGGAUCAAGCAAAGAGCGCGACGGAAGUGGUGCCGUCUAAGCAAAGCAAAGUUGGGAGCAUCUUCCCAAAUCUUGAGCGCGGAUCAUUUCGACGACCUGUUCCGGGCCAAGAAUUGAUGCCGGUAAAAGAUAGGGCUGAGGAUGAGACUAUUGACCACAAUGCGGAUGACAACAGCGCAAUCAAGGUCUCGGAGGCGCCUAUCCCGGCCGGCGAGCCGGAAGAGAGCCAUUUACAGGGCCAGCAAGAUGAGAAGAGUCCAGAGCCCACGACUACGGUUUCUACACGAUGUCUAUCUCUGGAAGAGCAUACGAAAAUGCAGGAAACAAGCAGCAGCAGCACCCCAGUUAACCUUGCUGUCGACGUUGAGAUUGACCCCUCAUACAAUGUUUCUGUGAUAUCCGAUGGUCCAGGGAACGAAACAAAUUCUAUUGAAGUCGAAUGGAAGGACGACGGCGACAGGCGGACCCAAGAAGAUGAAAUACCCUUGUACGCACCAUUGCCUGUGCAUGAACAGAAGUCGGCCCUUGUCAGCCAAACUUCUCCCGUUGAAAUGGACCGGGACGAGCGGAUUCCGAGAAACGAUUCUUCCUGUGGGCUUCGUCGCAGCCCGUCAAUUCAUGGGCGACACAAUCACCCGCCGCGUACAUGGUCGCUGGAGGAUACACCGAUCACCAAGGCAGUGACACCACCACCCCCAUCUCUAUUGGGGGGACCAGCAGGGGCCUCUGCGGACUUGGGCUCACCUCCACGUACUCCAUUACAACCCAUCGCGGAACAAGAGCCAGAGGAUCGAGUGGAGCAAGCGAACCGACUCAGAUCCAUGGUUUCCGAACACGGGACGCCCCGUCUGGAGAUGAAGCCCGAACAUGUUCUUCCACGUCCCGAAACUCCGAUCAGGAAGUUUACAGAUAAUGCAUUGGCACGUCAGACAUGGCCUGUGGCGGACAACGACAAGUUCAAAAGCUCAGAAGACGAGGAUGCGGCUCUCGUUGUCAAGAAACGACGGCCAGGUAACGAAUGGCCUGCAGAAGUACUAAAAACUCCGGACCAAGGAAUCCCCAUCCUUAGGCCCAGCAGCGUGAGCAGCAUCAAAAGCGCGCAGAGCAAUCACAGUUUGACUGGUGGGCAGCGCUCGCUACGACGCACCAGUCGCAACACCAGCGGGGAUUUGCGGGCUGCUAGCCAGGCACAGGAAAGCCACAGUCCCCAGCCACACGCUACGCCCCAGCCUCCUCAGCCCCACCCUCCGAUCUCAACAUCGAGCGCAUCGCUUCGUCUUCCUCCUACGACCCCGUCACGGACAAGGGCAAGCGCCCCAUACGAGCCAUGACGGACGUCUAUGUAAGUGUUUCUCAAUUCAAUUUUGUUAUCUCUUUUAAUAGAUGCGAUUAUUGUUGGCCUUCCAAUACUAACU